GCACAGGUGUAGAUAUCGUACUGCAUCAGGUCAACCAGAAUUGAAUAGACUAUUCCUCUAUUCGAACAUGCCAAGUAAAGUGGAGAGCAUAUUAAUGCUCAUAGCAGUGGGAGAGUUUUCAAUGGGCAUGUUAGGGAAUACGUUCAUUGUAUUGGUAAACUGCCUGGACUGGGUCAAGAACAAGAAGAUGGCCUCCGUUGAUUUAAUCCUCGCAAGUCUGGCGAUGUCCAGAAUUUGUCUGUUAUGCAUAAUACUACUAGAUGGCUUUAUAUUGGUGUUGUAUCCAGACGUCUAUGCCACCGGUAAACAAAUGAAAAUCAUUGACUUCUUCUGGACACUAACCAACCAUUUAAGUGUCUGGUUUGCCACCUGCCUAAGCAUUUUCUAUUUCCUCAAGAUAGCUAAUUUUUUCCAUCCCCUAUUCCUUUGGAUGAAGUGGAGAAUUGACAGGGUGAUUCUCUGGAUCCUGCUGGGGUGCUUGGCCCUCUCUGUGUUUAUUAGCCUUCUGGUCACUGAGAAUUUGAAUGACGACUUCAGGCUUUGCGUCAAGGCAAAGAGGAAAACAAACUCAACUUUGAGAUGCAGAGUAAAUAAAGCUCAAUAUGCUUCCACCAAGAUUCUUCUCAACCUGUUAACCCUAUUCCCCUUUUCUGUAUCCCUGAUCUCAUUUCUCCUCUUGAUUUUCUCCCUGUGGAGACAUACCAGGCAGAUGCAGCUAAACGCCACAGGAUGCAGCGAUCCCAGCACAGCCGCUCACAUGGGAGCCAUGAAAGCCGUCAUCUCUUUCCUCCUCCUCUUCAUUAUCUACUGCUUGGCCUUUCUUGUAGCCACCUCCAGCUACUUUAUGCCAGAGACUGAAUUAGCUGUGAUAUGGGGUGAGUUGAUAGCUCUAAUUUAUCCCUCAAGUCAUUCAUUUAUUCUAAUUCUGAAGAACAAUAAAUUAAGACAAGCAUCUCUAAGGGUGCUGUGGAAAGUAAAGUAUAUCCUAAAAAGAAGAGUGUAACAUAUAUAUACAGAUCUGAAGAAAAACUGUCAUUUUUUGGAACAAAGGAAGAGACGAUGUCUCUUAAUUAUCUUUGGUUCUUGCAUUAAUGUUUGUUUCACAGGCUUAUCUUAAAAUUUACUUUUAAUUUAGGGAAUCUUUUGUGGAGAUAACAUUGACUUCCUCUCUCUUUUUCUCUAUAUACCUAUAUAUGUGUGUGUAUCUAUAUUUAUUUAUCUUUUUCCUCUCUUUCCCUCC